AUGGGGCCGCCUUUCCCUAAGGCCGAGCCGUUCUCCUGCACGUCUUGGCUUUACGGCGAUGUGAGCCAGGCGAAGCCGGGUCAGCUCCCUCAGGGCAUCGCUGGCAGCGCCGCUGAGAAUAAUCUCAAGAACAAAGACGACGACGGGAACCCCGCGCGCCGGGUUUGGCAGUUAUCGGGGCACCCUCAGCGGGCCCUAAGAGAAGGGACGGCGGUGAUACGAGAAGGGGGCUACUGCACGAAUCCCGUCCCCGUUCCCUACGCGGACCUCCUUCAUUGCCAGAGCUCCCGCCGGCUUGAGAACGAGGGCUACGUGCUGGGGACGGUGGCCCAGAGCGGGCAUUCCGACCUGCGGCCGCUGCCAGAGGUCCCCGGCCAUCACGACGGGCGCACGCGCGCGGCGCUGACCUGCACGAACCCUGCGUGCGCCCCGGGGGAGCAGGCCACGGGCGAGCUCACGCGCUUCACUCGCGAAAUAGGGAAGCUGCGGGAUUCGCACGGAACGCUCCGCCAGGCCUCGGCGCUCGCAAGGAGCCUUCCCGGGACCGACCUCGCAGCCCUGGCGCGCGUGCGCACACUCGAGCGGAAGCUCGCCGUGGAUCGGGUUGACCCACACCGCCAUAAGCUCCAUUAA